CGAAACAACUGAACUGAUUAAUGUUUGAUAAGCUUGUAACCGUCUUUGAUCCGUCACUUAGCACAUCUCCCCAAAUCUUUUUCUCAUCCAUUCCAUUCCCUCUGCUUUUCUUCCUUUCUUUCCUCCUCCACUUUUCCUUAACCUCGAAGUCUCUUCCUUCCCCAAUAUUCUUACCUCCUCUUGUUCCCUGGCUGGAUAAAACCCGAACCCAGAUCUCCUCUGGUUUCUCUUCCCCCCUCUCCAAUGGCGGAAGCAGAGCCCCACCCUCCGAAGCAGGACGGCAUCCGGGCGAGGUCAAGUAAGUACUCCGCCAACUUCCUGUACAAAGCCUCCCUUGCCUUGAUAUUCCUUGUGAUCAUCCCUCUGUUCCCUUCCCAAGCCCCUGAGUUCAUCAACCAGACCGUGCCCAACAGAAGUUGGGAGCUUCUCCACCUCGUAUUAGUCGGCAUUGCCGUGUCUUACGGGCUCUUCAGCAGCAGGAACCAGGAAGAAACAGAGAAAGAAGCGAACCCGCCGCCGUCCAAGUUUGACAGCGCACAGUCCUGUGUUUCUAGGUUGCUACAGGUGCCCUCUGUCUUCGACGAUGAGCCAGAGACUCAGUCGGGCUCUGGCGAUGAGGUCGGGAAGCUCGAAACUUGGAGCAGUCAGUACUAUCCAAAUGACCCUGUGGUGGUUUUGGCUAAGGAACAAGAGCCCUCUGUAAUUGAUCAGCAGAGAGUUAACAGUGUCGGUAGCAGCUCUAGGAUUGGUGAAAGGCCUCUGCUUUUGCCCGUCCGGAGCCUGAAAUCUCGGGUUUUAGAUGAUGAGAAGGAACCCAUUGACGAACUUCGUGGUGUAUCUAGUAAAAGUUCCCUUUGCAGGUCUAGUUCCGAUGCCAGCUCGAAGAGGUUCUCGGGUUCGAACCACGUGACUAACCGGAUGAAAAGUUCGCAAAAGCUCAGAGGAUCAGAGGACUUGGCGGAGGACAAGGAAGCUGCUGUUCUGCCUUCUCCGAUUCCGUGGAGGUCGAGGUCAGGAAGGAUGGAAGUGAAUGAAGAAGUGUUCAAUCCGGUGUCUCCUUUCAGUUCGAUAGAGGAUUUCGAAUAUUUUCGGGCCAAGCCUGAGGCGUCUAAACCGCAGAUUUCAGCAUCAUCUCGGCCCAAUUCUGGUUCUAAGAUUUCCUUUUCGUCGAGGAAAUCGUCUCUAACAUCUGAAUCGCAGGCAAAGAUCGCGGAAGAUUUUGUCAGGAAGAAGAGCUUCCAGAAGUCUUCUCCUCCACCUCCUCCGCCGCCACCUCCUAUGGCUUUCAAGUCAUCAUUGAUGAAACCGAGUUUGAGUUCGGGUUAUCAUCUCAAUGGGGUCACAUCUGAUAAGGAUUUUAGGAGAAGCUCCUCAACUGAGCCAAAGGAGGCUACUCAGGUCUAUUCUGGGAUCGAGAAGAAACCGAGAAGCACUCCUCUUCCUGAUGUGGGGAAGUCUGUCAGAACGCUCCGAGCUCAAAAAUCAGAAGGACUGGAAAUAUAUGGUGCCCAGGAUGCUGAUGAAACUUUGCCGCAGAAUGCCCGAAGAAGGAUUGGUAUGGUUCCAAAGCCGAGCUCUUUGGAAUUCUCGGAGGAAGAAAAGGAUGGUUUUGUGGAGGAUGUCACCUCAGAGUCAGAUGAGGAAUCCCCUCUGAGCGAGAAUGAUGAGGAAGCCGAGGUAGGAACUUUGAAGAAUGAUGAAGUUGGUUUGAUUGAUAGUGUCGGCGAUGGAGGCCGCGACGUUGAUAAGAAGGCUGAUGAGUUCAUAGCUAAGUUUAGGGAGCAGAUACGACUUCAGAGGAUUGACUCAAUCAAGAGAUCGAGUGCAGAGAUUAGUCGGAGCCUUUCAAGGUAAAGCUAGCAGGUCUUGGGUUUGUACUGAACAUUCAAAUCAAUUCAGGUUUUUCGAUUUCUUAUCACGGCCUUCCGAUUUCUUUGGGAAGUACGACAGAUUGUUCAAACAUAGGGUGCGGGAUAUAUGAAUCGAUAUAAUUAGCAGGUGUUUCCUUGUAUUCGGAGUUUCUUUGGCCCAAUUCGAUACAUAAUUUCAGCAUAUGCCUGCUGGUGGCACAAUAAAGUGGCAUGUAAGAUUGUCUAUUGUCUUCUCGGGUAUGAACGAUUGAUGGCGAGAAUCAAAGUCGCUUUCCUGUCAAAGGGAUAGCUCGAAAAUUCUUGUAGAUCAGCUCAUGAUCUCAAACGUCUCAUAUUGAAGGACAAGUGAUGUCUACUCUCUUCUGCUUCGUUGCA